AUGGAGUCCAAAAACGCGUCCGUUUUGUCAAUAAAGUGUGAGAUCUGCGGCAAAUCCGACGUGAUUAACGAGGCCACAAAUGGUAGCAGCAACAAAGCAUACUUGAAAGAGCCCUUGGAUUCGGGUUUCGUGGUCUCGGCUGGCACAGGGACCUCGACCUCGACCUCAGCAACCUCCUCGUCCUUGAUUUCCGUCUCGCUCGUGUCCACCUUAGCUUCUGUCUCAACAGCAACCGCCUCCUCUUUCAUCGCAAUCUCCUGCUCCACGUCGGUGAGCGAGCCCUCAGAGCCCUCGGACAGGUGUGCCGAGUCGUUCAGACUCUUCAAAGUGUGUUCGUCGUCUUUGAAAGUCGGAUCUAGCAGUCUGCUUGGGCCAGAAAGCACUUCCUCAAACUCGAGUUGCACUUCUGGCUCCAGCUCCAACUCGGCCUCAACCGACUGA